AUGAGCUCCCUAAGAUGCAUUGCAAAGCACCCAACCAUUUCACUCGUAGACUCAUGCACUACCCUCAAAGAGCUCAAACAAAUCCACUCCCAACUGCUCGUUAACGGUCUUUUCAACGACCCUCACCUUUCUGGCCAAUUUGUUGCUACCAUAGCCAUCAGAAACCCCAGCAAUUUAGGUUAUUCCAACAAAGUCCUGGACCAAUGCGAAAACCCAACCCUCUUCACCUUCAACUCCAUGAUCAGAGCCUAUUCUAAAAGCUCCACGCCAUCUAAAAGCUUUCACUUUUACAGCAGAAUUCUCCAAUCCAGGGACAAUUUUUUACCUGAUAACUACACCUUCAACUUCUUGGUUCGCACUUGUGCGCAGCUUUUGGCACGUGAGACUGGUCCUUCGGUCCAUGCUGCAUUGACUAAACGUGGGUUUGAGAAUGACCCCCAUGUUCAAAGCGGGUUAAUUUUCAUGUAUGCUGAAUUGGGUUGCUUACAUUCGUGUCAUAGAGUGUUUGGAGAAAUUGUUGAGCCUGAUUUGGUAUGCCAGACUGCUAUGGUGAGCGCCUGUGCCAGAUGUGGUGAUGUUGGUUUUGCAAGGGAGCUGUUCGAUGAAAUGCCUCAAAGGGACCCUAUUGCUUGGAAUGCGAUGAUUGCAGGGUAUUCGCAAUGUGGGAAGUCUAGGGAAGCCUUGAAUUUGUUUCAUUUGAUGCAAAUGGAGGGUGUGAGGGUCAAUGAGGUGUCUAUGGUUUCGGUCUUAUCCGCCUGUUCCCAUUUGGGGGCAUUGGAUCAAGGGAGAUGGGCUCAUGCAUAUAUAGAGAGAAACAAGCUACGGAUGACGGUGACUUUGGGGACUGCACUCAUUGACAUGUAUGCAAAAUGUGGGAACAUGAAUAAGGCCAUGGAAGUGUUUUUGGGGAUGAAAGAAAAGAAUGUGUAUACUUGGAGUAGUGCACUGGGGGGCCUAGCUAUGAAUGGAUUUGGUGAGAAGUGUCUUGAGCUUUUCUCCUUUAUGAACAAAGAAGGGGUUCAUCCAAAUGAAGUUACGUUUGUUUCAGUUCUAAGGGGCUGCACUGUUGUUGGACUGGUUGAGGAAGGUCGUCAACAUUUCGACUCAAUGAAGAAAUUGUAUGGGAUUGAACCUCAGCUAGAGCACUACGGGUGCAUUGUUGAUUUAUACGGCCGAGCUGGGCGUUUAGAUGAAGCCCUGAACUUCAUAAACAGCAUGCCAAUGAAGCCUCAUGCGGGUGCUUGGGGGGCUUUGCUUAACGCUAGUAGAAUGUACAAGAAUAUGGAAAUAGGUGAGCUUGCCUCGAGAAAGAUAGUCGAACUAGAGGCCAAGAAUCAUGGUGCUUAUGUGCUUUUGUCCAAUAUAUAUGCUGAUUCCAAGCUAUGGGAUGGAGUUAGUAAUGUGCGGCGGACAAUGAAGGCUAAAGGUGUGAGGAAGCUUCCUGGUUGCAGUGUCUUAGAGGUUGAUGGUGAAGUUCAUGAGUUCUUAGUAGGAGACAAGUCACAUCCUAGGUAUGAUGAAAUUGAGGCAAUGUUGGGAGAAAUCUCUAGGCGGCUGAAAUUAGCAGGUUAUGUGGCUAACACCAAUCCUGUGCUGUUUGAUAUAGAAGAAGAAGAGAAAGAGGAUGCAUUGUGUAAACAUAGUGAGAAGGUUGCGAUUGCUUUCGGUUUGAUCAGUUUAAAAGAAGGCGUGCCGAUUAGGAUUGUGAAGAACCUCAGGGUCUGUUGGGAUUGCCAUGAUGUGACCAAAAUGAUAUCUAAACUUUUUAACAGAGAAAUUAUUGUAAGAGACAGGAAUAGGUUUCACCAUUUUCAGGAUGGGGAGUGCUCUUGCAAAGGUUAUUGGUGA